AUGGUCAUCUAUCCUCCUCUCGACGCGGCCAAACACGAGAUCAGGCUCGUCAGGCUUCUUCGGCCCCUGGCUGAGCACGCCAAAUCACCCGUACGUGAUAUCGCACUCGAGCUCCGGACCGUGUCGCUGGACGACGGCGUCUCUUACGCGGCUCUAUCAUAUGUCUGGGGGAACCCGGCAGACACUGAGAAGAUCAAGAUUAACGGGUGUCCGUCCGUCGUGACCCGGAGUCUACACAACGCGCUAGAGCAGUUCCAUAAGAAGGAUUUUCGGUCGUGGCUUUGGAUCGACGCCAUGUGUAUUGAACAGUCUAACCUAGCCGAGAAAAACCACCAGGUUAAGAUGAUGGGUGACAUCUACAGCGGUGCCGAGGUAGUUUAUAUGUGGCUUGGUCUCGGCACUGAAGACACUGAUGUGGUGAUGGACCUGGUCUCCAGGUUCGGACCUGGGCUCCACGCUGGCGGCGCUCUGGACUUGGGAGUGAAAUGGGGUGCAAUCUCUCGCCUGGUGCAGGAGAUCAGUGCGGCUUUCCCCGAAGACGACGACUACGACGAACAGGGCUAUGAAGACGUCCCAGAGGGCUGGGGCCUGGGUGUGGCUGUCUACGGUCUCCGCCGAAAGGUUUACAAGACCCAGGGGCCUAUCUGCCGUGGGCUUGAAGGUAUCCUGACCAGAAGCUACUGGUCCCGGAUCUGGAUCAUCCAGGAGGUCGUCCUGGCGCCGAGGGCAGUCGUUAUGGUUGGCACCAGGUCGGCCCCGGUCGAACUGUUCGACGCCACGCUGUUCACGAUGGAUCGCACGGCGAUUGUAUCAUCCCUCGGCCUGGGCGGCACAGCCUGCCUCGUCUUAUCCUUGGGCACGCGUCGCACCUGCGGCCGGGAGGACUUUGCGCGACCCCGACUACAGGACCUGCUUUGGGAGAGGAGGGUGGCGUCUGGCCGGCCCCAUUACGCCGCGUCCGACCCGCGGGACCUCGUGUUCGGAAUUCUUGGCUUGUUGAGCGAGGAGGAGAAGCGGGUCCUGCGCGCCGACUACGCCCAGUCGUACGUCGACGUCUUUGCGCAGGCGACCAGGACCAUGCUCCGUACGGGAGAGAAGGGGCGCGGCGACUUCCUGUUCUGCCUGGCCGACCUUCCACCGGGCAACCCGGACGGGCCGUUGCCCACCUGGGUUCCCGACUGGAGGGAGGUCGGGGCCCGCGGCAUCAGAACGUGGGGCGUCAACGAUGCGCGAAAGUUCCGCGCCGCCCGGGACAGGCCCCAACCGAGCCGAGAGCCAGGCGAUUACCUCGACGUUUCACGAAUCCUUCGCCGGCGGGGAUGCCUGGUCGACAAGAUCACUGACGUUAUGGAAGCGCCAGAGUGGAUUGGCGUAGAUAGUUAUGAGCCGCCCCGCCAGCCAGACGUAGACCAAUGGUUCCGGGCGAUCGCCGCCUUCGUUAGGCUGGGACCAGACUCCGGGCCGGCCGAGAGCUACGUCUGGAGGACUGUAUCGAACGGUAAAGGCCACGAACUUAUCCAUACUCUGCCUUGUGACUGCAGAUUAGCCGAAACCGAGGGAGCGGCCGCGCUGUUUCGCAAGAUCGUCCGCGUAGAGAGCAUAGACCAUGAAAGCUUGACAGCAGAACAGAUCGCAUAUAUUCGCAGGGAUAUAAAUCUUUUCCUUGAACACGGCGGGCCUUCAGAAAGCCAGGACGUGGAGCAGAUCGCGCGUCGAUGGCGACAACGUGUGGGCAACAUGAAUAGGCGCCGGACGCUAUUCAAGACGGCAAAGGGCAUGUUCGGACUUUGUCAUGUAGGUGCUGCGAUUGGUGAUGUGGUUACCCUUGUAUGGGGCGUGGAGUCGCCGAUUAUCUUGCGUCCGCGGGAUGAAAGGAGUUUCUACUUUCGAGGGGAUGCGUAUGUUGACGGCAUAAUGCAAGGGGAGUUUCUCGACACCAAACCCCGAGAGACGGAAUUCGUCAUACAUUGA